CCAUAUUGCAUUCUUCCUUGUUGCACCUUGUCACACACAUCAUGUCACACUCAUCACACAACCUCGCUUGCUUGCUUGGAUGGUUGCUGCGUUUCUUCGCAUCACAUGCAUCCAGACUACAGGAUCCUUAAGAGCUACAGCAUCCCUUCUCCGUUGACUGAGUCCAUUCAUUCAUUUCCACUGAGACGCUCCCAAGCGAGCAGGCGAGCAAAGCAGCUUCCGCCCACACGGAUUGUCGUCAACGGAUGCGUUCGUGUCUCGUUUGCUUGCACACGAGGAGCAAACGCCAGCCAUGGACCGCGAAGACAGCACGCGUGUGACCAUUGUGGACGUGGAUGACGUCGUGCCUGUUGGCCAGGCUGCCAUGGAGAUGGAGAUGGAAGACGCACAGCAACAACAACAACAGCAGCAACAGCAGCAACAAGGUGGUACCUCCCCAGCUACGCCUGCAGUGACAACUUCCUUCCAUUCACAGCAAGAACAGCAACAGCAGCAGCGGCGGCAGCAGCAGCGGGGUGGCCGCAGCCAAUUCCCGUAUGCCAGUGACCAGCGCAUUAGCAAGGAUGAUCCCGCCAUUGCGUUUGAGCCGACGGUCGCUGGCCGAGAGGGCGACACGCACAGCGAGCGCGGCUCUGUGUUCUCUGUAAAGCCGCGCCAGCACACGGCGUACUUGCAGUUCCAGGACCUGCGCUUUGAGGUGGACACGGUCGUCAAGAAGCAGAAGAAGACCAACACCAUCCUCAAGGGCCUCAGCGGCGACUGCAAGCCGGGCCACGUGCUCGCCAUUAUGGGCGCCUCUGGUGCCGGCAAGACGACGCUGCUGAAUCUGCUGGCCGGCCGCCUUUCCCAGUCGGGAAAUGGGCGGACCUCCGGGCAAAUCCUCGUCAACGGUCACAAGCGAAACUACUCCGUCUUCUGCAAGCGGAGUGCAUACGUGCUGCAGCAGGAUGUGUUCUAUGCCGAGCUGACGGUGCGUGAGACCAUCACCCUCUCCGCCCUCCUCCGCCUGCCCCAGUCCAUGUCUCGGCAGGACAAGCUGGCGCGUGUGGAUGAGGUCAUUGCCGAGCUCGGCCUGAACAAGAGUGCGGACACCAUCGUGGGCAACGACCUCGUGCGCGGCAUCAGCGGCGGUGAGAAGAAGCGGUGCAACAUCGGCACGGAGCUUGUUGUUGACCCGUCUCUCGUCUUCCUGGACGAGCCGACCACAGGCCUGGAUGCGUUCAACGCACAGAACGUGAUGACAACGCUGCUGUCGCUGUCCAAGGCCGGCCGCACCGUGGUGUGCACCAUCCACCAGCCGCGCUCGGAGAUUUAUGGGCUGCUCGACGAGCUCAUGCUGCUCUCGGAGGGGUACAUGAUGUACUUUGGCACCGCCAAGGACGCGCCGUCCUACUUUGCCAACCUCGGGUACGCGUGCCCGGAGGCAUACAACCCCAGCGACUACUUUCUCGACCUCAUCUCGCUCGACUCACGAACCAAGGAGCGGGAGGAGUGCACGAAGAAGCGCAUCCAGUACCUUGCGGAGGCGUACGCAGACUACCGGCAGGAGCAUCCGCUGGAAACAAAACGCGCACAGGACUUUAUGUCCAGUCGCAGCGUUGCGCAGAUGCAGGAGGGGCCUGUGGACGAGAGCGCCUAUGCGACGACGUGGUGGACGCAGUUUGGACUCCUGCUUGGUCGCGCCAUGAAGAUUCUCGUGCGCGAAAAGGCGACCAAUGUUGCGCGCGUGAUGCAAACGCUCGUCUUCAGCAUUCUCCUCGGCCUCAUCUGGCUCAACGAGGGCGGCAACGACUCCGGAUCGUCUGUCCAGGCAGUUGCUGGUGCCAUCUUCUUCAUUCUCAUCAACCAGUCCUUCUCGGGCGUGUUCCAGGCGAGUGAUGACGAUAGCAAUGGUGAUGAUGGUUAUUGAUGAUGAUGAUGAUGAUGAUGAUGUCUGUGCGUGUGCGUUGUUGUGUAUGUGUAUGUGUAUGUGUGUUUGUGCACUGCUGUCAAUGCUCGCAAGUAUGUGUGCGGAUGAUGCUGACUGCGCAUUCACAGCGGAUUAUCGACCUCACCUCUGCAUGCACGCACACACACGCACACGCACGCACACGCACGCACACGCACCCACCCACACGCACCCACACACACACACACACACACACACACACACACACACACACACACACACACACACACACACACACACACACACACACACACACACGCUCA